AGCCAUUCCUCCCUCCUCACAUCAAUUUAUCUCAAAUAAUUCCUUAUUCCAAUUUCAAUGCUCAACGCCCUAAUCUUAAAAAAAUGGUAGCCGAAAGAGAUGUUCAUGUUCAUGUUCAUGGUGAUGAAGGAGCCCUGAUAUUCUCGUACGGAACUUUGAAGAGAGGUUUUUCAAACCACACACUUAUCCAGGACCUCACGCGCUCCGGCGACGCGUCCUUCAUCGGAACCUAUCGCACCGCCUGCAAAUACCCCCUCGUAUGCGGGCCCUACCGGGUCCCCUUCCUCCUCAACAUCCCCGGGUCGGGUCAACGGGUUCACGGCGAGCUCUACUCUGUCUCCACGCGCGGCCUCGCUCGAAUGGACGAACUCGAGGGCACCACACGCGCUCACUACGAGCGUCUCCCAAUCAAGCUCAUCCCCGGCGGCGCAGACGGCGAUGAGAAGGAGGAGGAGGAGGAGGAGGAGGAAGAAGAAAACGAGGGCGAUGAGGCUGUGGGGCUAACGUGCGCGGAGGCGUACUACGCGCACGGAAGCUACGCGAUGGAGAUGUGGAAAAAGAACGGGAAAAGAGGUUUGAGGUGUUAUUCAGAGAAAGAAACGAUAGGAUAUGUGAAGCGCAAAGAUAGGCCUCAGCAUUUGACCUUCCUUGAUCAUAUUCGUUUGUUCCUUUCCAACUGAAUCUCCUCUCUCUCUCUCUCUCUCUCUCUCACACACACAAAAUAAAUAAAAUAAAAAAAAACAAUAAGAAGUGGUUUAGUUUAGUGUUUUAGUGUUUAAUGUUAUGUAUCUGUUGUUGGUGGGUGAGAGUUUGAGACUUUUGUGUUGUAAAG